UGCGCGUAUUUUGUGAGUCCUCUUGGUAAUGACAAUAACGUCCAAUCACAGCGCACAGCCUAGUAACACUGAACCUUCGUUUAAUAGAACUUCUGGAGAGAGUUCUUCUGGAGCUCACAGCGCACCUUGGUCACAUAGAGGGUCUCAACCAUCAACUUCUGAAGACGAAGCAACCAGUUUCACCAGUGUGCGUACUCGUACAAAAUUGACCAAUCCAAGAGCCAUAUGGUUGAGGCUUGUCGAUUUUUACUUUUCUUCCUCCUUUCGAAUUGCUUUGAGAGGAACUUUAGGUUACUUUAUUUUAUCGCUGUUUGUAUUUGUUGCACCAAUGUACAACGACACUUAUGGCCCUCUGGCGAUUGAAAUGUUUUUACUUAUUGUAACUUUUGGGUUAGAUGAACUUCAUUUUGGGUUCAUUUCCCAAGGUGCUAUUCAAUCAACAACUUCCUUGGUUAUGGCAGCAGGCCUGGGAGCGCUUGGAGCGUAUGCUGGAGAAACAAGCUAUGGCAUUACGCUUGGGGUUGCCAUUGUCGUGACUUUUUUGUUUACGCUCCUGCACGCUGAUACAAGAAUAGCUUUUAUUUCUAGUAUGGGAGAAAUGUUUUUUAUGUUUAACUUAUUAGAUAGUCGUGCACGAGGAUAUAAGUUUAUUCUGCAGUAUUUUUAUGAUACCCUCAUUGGAGCAGCUCUCAGCCACGCUAUAUCCUUGUUCACUGGAAUAGUCGUCUUUCCUUGUUUGGCAAAGAGCGAGAUGAGGAGAAAUAUUAAAAAGUGUUUACAAUUGGCCGGAACUGCUUUAACAGAGACUGCGUCAUUUGCAUUGGAGCCAAGAGUACAGUACACCGAGCCGUUUAUUCAAUUUACUUCAGCGAAGUUAACCACUCCAACUUCGGAUUCAGUCAACAAGUUGACAAGCAUUCCGGAGAACAGCAGUGUCACAUUGUCAAAGGGAAAUGAGGAUAACGGAGCAUCGAUGCAACAGGCCUUAACAAAAAAGAAAAUGGUUGACGGAAGAGUGAUCGAUGAAGCUUCAUCAGCGUUGGCUAGAGCGAAAAAGAUGCUUAAUGCUAUUGGUUACGAGCCCAAUCUUUGGAGGCCUUUUCAUAAUGAAUCAAUAAAGCGUUGGAGAUCGCUUAUGGAUGCCAUCGAUGAAAUGUUAAGAACCAUUCGUGGUUUGCAGUCUAUAGUUGAUGGCGAACGAAGAAGAUAUCGUGCGGAGACUUUGGAACAAUGGCAUGCUAUGUUACCAGGCCUCAGAGAACACUUUGCUACAUUGGCAACUAUGUGUAUGAAGAUGAGUGGAGUUAUUGAUGAGUUAAAGUGUGGCAGGCCCGGGGACUGGAAAGCUUAUGUAACAACGAAAUGGUUCUGGUUGAUGAGCUGCUUCACAAAGAAAGACAAUGUUACCAUUGAUGAUUCGGAAACUACCGAAGCAAAACAGCGCAAAGUCAUUGAAACCUUGCAGUCCAGAUUGUUCAGUUGGUCAACUAUAUUACAGAAAUUUCGAUGCAGUGUGCAAGAAGCGUAUAAGGAAUGUUUUGAAAAGUAUCAAUCUCCUGUUGCUGAUGAAGCAGAGGCACCUCUCCUUGUCGGCAUGCUAACUAUGGAAUGGGGCCCGCUGCUGUUUGUAGUUACUUCAUCCAAAGUGUUACAGGACACUAUUGGAGCUGUUCAAGAUGAAAUUAUAUAUUUGGCAAACGAAGAAACAAGAAGUUCUUGGGGUAAUUUUGCACGUAAUUGUUUUGGCUGGAUACCUAUAUGUUUUAUGAUGUUCGAACAAUAUUGGAAAGUGAUUCGCAACUUUCCUUUGACAUGGAGGGCCUGGGUUGCCUUGAUUUAUACUUCAGAAUUUCAGUUUUGUUUGAAGAAGUGGCUAGGUGAGGUUUUGCUUCUUAUAGUUCUGUUGAUAUCUCCCAUUCAUGUGUUAUUAACCAAAUACGAUGGUACGUGGAUGUGGAUGUCUUACAUUUUAUAUAUUGCACCCAGUGUAGAAGGAACUCUGUUUGGUGGGUUGCUAACCAUCACAGGUGUUGGUAUCGGUGCAGGAAUCAGUUUUAUUCUGACAUAUUUUCAUUAUCCUGCUCGUAGUCCGUACAUACUAGACACUUAUCUAACGUUGGCUACGGCAAUAACCGUUUUCAAUGUGAACAAUCCAUUUUCUUUAAGUUUUGUGACAUUUUGUUUUUCAUCGUACGUUAUUAUAUUAUAUCAGUACAGUCCUAAUGCAUAUAUUACGAAUUGGCAUUAUGCGGUCUCCCGUUUUGUUAUGAUUUCAUUGGGUGCUAUUAUUGCCGUAUUUCUCAAUGAAUUUGUACUUCCUCACUCAGCGCUGAUGGAUGCAAGAGAAAAUCUAUCCGCAGCUCUCAGGAGAGAAAAUACACUACAUUCUUGGUAUUUGCAAAGUUUUGUGAGUGGGAGAUACAAGGAAAAUGUUCCUGGAGAGCCACCGCUGAGUCCAGAUAAUCAGACCAUAGACGAUGAUUUGGACAGUGCAGAGGAAUUGGUCAAGAAUCAGGAAGCUGCCUUCGAAGCGGAUUCAAAUAAUGAAGAAUGUAAUGGCGAUGAUAAGGUUGAACAACCUAAACUUGUAAGACCAAAACAAAAGGCCAAUCAGGAAAAGAAGCAAGAGUAUAUUGGCAAAAUACAAACGGUUGCAUUGGAUGCGUGGAAGGGUUCAGAGGAAGGUGAAUGGGCUUAUGCUCAUUUUCGAAGUGGAAGAAGACGUGGCUCUUCUUUUAGUGACGCUAGAAGCAGCUUUGAACAACGACAAAGAGGAUCCAGUCGAGAGUCAACUAUCUCCGAACCACAAAACUGUAAUGACGAACAAGACUUGAAUCAGACGCAGAUGAAUGGCAAGUCUGAGCAAGUAGUUGAAAGUCGCGGGGAGAAGACACAAGAGUCAGUGAAAUCCGAACAUUCGACAGACGGUGACCAAUCGAGAGAAAGACGACCUGAGAGUGUUUCAUCUGUGAAAGACAGAAAGCAGACAGUUGCCAAGUCGCACAAAGCAGUAAAUAACGAAGUUGAAGUCCGGAAACUCUUGGAAGAUACUGCAACGAUCUUGAACUCCAUACAAAAUGGUGUAGGCGCUUCGGUGCAUGCUAUACCUAAAGCUAUUUGGACCGCGCUCUCCCAAGAGAGGCUGAUACUUGAUCGACUUAGUGCAUUUCAUAGUAUUUUAGAAUAUGAGCCUAUUUUGGUCGGAAAGUUUCAAAACUCUGGUUUAGAAGAUUUCCUUACGGAGACAACUGAACAAAUGAAAGCGAUAGUCAUAGCUCGUAGGACUUUGGUUGAAAUUAUGGUAGCUUGUCUUAUGGAUGGCCAUCCUUUCCGAUCCUUUCAGUUUUUCCGAGAAUUUGGUUGGAAAUCAGCACGCAAUACAAUAAGUGUAGCGUGGUUCUCAGCAGAUUUUGCAAAGCGAGUAACUGAAAAUACAGCCUCUUUUCUUGGAGCAAAUGUCGUUGGGUCGGCUGCAAAUGUAUUGGGUCGCCAUACUUCCAACCUAGUACAUAACUUAACAGGUGACAAACUUUCGAAAGACAAGUCAGACAGGGAAAAGGAAGAACGAGUCGGAAACGAGUAUAGUUAUGACGUCAACGAUCAAGAAGCUUCGCGGAAACAUAGAGAGAUGGAAAUUUUUGCUAGUUUGAUGGCUCUUUCAGAGUUGAAUCACUUCAAGGAUACAGCGUUUUCAGGAGCAAGUCAUAUUAAGAAAUUUUUACAAAGUGCUUUUACUUCUGCAGAAAAACAAGUUGUUGAAGUUCCUCGAAGUUUGUAUUCCUGGAUACGAAUAGCUGGUUCCAAUGUAGCGCAUUUAGCAUUUCAUAGUCAGAGAGAUUCACAAGCUGACCAUAAGUCACUGGAGACUCAAAAUACCAACACUUCUAAAAUUUUACAUGAGACUGGCAAUCAAAAUGACCAAAGCACUAGUCAAAUAGAAGUGACAGCAGAACCAACGGCGACUCUUCAGGAUUCAACCGUAUCAGUCGAGCCAACUUUGAGUCUUCCAGUUGAUCAAGUAUUGGACAAUUUGAAUGCCCUUUCACCUACUACUCCAUGGAGUUUUUGGGAAGACUUGGAUGCCCCAAGUGAAACGAGACCAGACCAAACUUUGCCUGGAAGUGAAGAAAGAAUUUCGUCAUCGAGACAGGUCUCGUAUCCGAUUGACUCAGUAAGAGAAACCGUGAAUGGAACAGAAAUUAAUAUAAACUCAAAUUCGGACAAUGCAGAUAGCAACAAGGACAAGGAUUCAGUAUCUUCUCCUGGAGCUCGUCGUAUACUUUCCGGAUUGUCUUCUCGUUCUAGACGUACCCUUACUUCACCCCGUUCUGAAAAGGUUCAAACUAUUUCUGAAAGAGUUACAGAGAAAAGAGAAUCUGCUGCUCAGAUUAGAAAAAAGAGAAAUUUCACUGAUAUUUUUGGGAAAUUGGAAAAGGGCCUUAGUACAGGUGUGAAACAGGUCGGCACUGCUGGAGGUAGCAUGUUCCAUUCCGUUGUACAUAAUAUCUUAGAAGGGGAUUCAACGGAAGAACCUCCCGUAAUUGUCAACUUGAAAGAUGCUUGCAAAGCUUUACGACAUGCACAGGGUCAGCUGUAUAUUCAAUAUUUAGACUGGGUGCAGAAGCAUCAAAAAGAAAUAAUUUAUUCGUAUGGUGAUAGUGUUUCGCGUGAAACAACAAAUUUUGCGACUGACCCAAGAUUCCAAAAUGCUGAUGACCUGUUGCAAUGGUAUGCAUUGUUUUUUGCUGCAUUUUAUGUGUUGGAUGGUUUUCAACAAAUGUGUCGUUCCCUUAUUGAUGCUAUCCAUGAAGACAUUGAAGUGUUACGUGAAGAGCAUCGAUUGGCUGUCGAAAAGCAAGUUCAAAAGAAAAAGGCGAAGGAUUUGGAUAGUAUAAGAAGACGAAGACGAAAGCGGAGGAAGCGAACACAAAAUGAGAAAACUUAGUUUAUUAGCUUGACUUUAAAAUGGUUUCUAAACAAACUGUUGGCUGCUACACGACCCAAGAGAGGGCAAUUAUUAUUUUCCCCUUCCAUGAGACAAUUAAAACCUUUUGGAUUUGGCGGGCAAAUUAAAAACAUGAAACAUUAA